GCUUUCAAAAAACUUCACAAGGACCAUUCUUUUCUGAAUUUCACUCAUGCGACCACUGACAGAAGACGAAUCCAAGGCCCUCUUCGCAAAACUAGCGAAUUACAUCGGCAAGAAUCUCAUUCAUCUCAUCGACCGGCCAGACGAACCAUACUGCUUCAGGCUACACAAAGAUCGAGUAUUCUAUGUCUCCGAAUCAUCAAUGCGUUUAGGAGUAUCUGUCGCUCGCCCCAACCUUGUCAGUCUGGGAACAUGUUUUGGUAAAUUCAGUAAAAGUGGCAAGUUCAAGUUGCACAUAACGGCAUUAGACUACAUUGCCCAAUACGCCAAGUACAAGAUAUGGAUCAAGCCCAACGGGGAGAUGCCCUUCCUAUACGGAAAUCACGUAUUAAAAGCGCAUUUGGGUCGGAUCACGGAGGAUACACCGGAACACCAGGGAGUCGUUGUUUAUAGUAUGAACGAUGUACCACUGGGAUUCGGAGUAACAGCUCGGUCUACAUUGGAUACCCGAAAACUGGACCCAACCUCCAUACUUGUUUUUCAUCAAGCGGACGUUGGGGAGUAUUUGCGAGAUGAGGAAACUCUGAUCUGAACCGCUCGCCCACUGUCCUGUCUUUAUUCUUGCCGUCCCAGACCGCAUUGCUAUCACAUUCCCUUUUACUGCUCCAAUUAUACUGUAACCCACUCUCCCGGUUUUGAAGUGCUCGGCCGCGGUAAUAAAUCUCAUGCUUCUCAUACACAGGCGUAUCUUCCCGUCAUAAACUCAUAGCUGUCCUCCAUAUAAUCUAUGUAUUCACUAUUCAUUGGUACUUUGGGUUCUUUGUUGCAUUCUUCGAUUAACAUAGGUGGCUACUGGCCAGCAUUUGACUAC